AGGCUACAGUUAUGUUUAUUAUUAUAGCAUUUGAUGAAAAACAACACUAUGGAUGUAGUGACUUUAGGAAAGGCUACAGUUAGGUUUAUUAUUAUAGCAUUUGUUCACAAACAUCACUAUGGGUGUAGUGAGUUUAGGAAAGGCUACAGUUAGGUUUAGAAAUCCCUGUCCAGCUCCCCUCACUCCGGUCUCGUGCCCGUCGCGCCCCUGUCUCCCGGGAGACGGGAGUGAGAAGCGGCAGCACGCAGACUCCUCUCGCGCAUUGGAAUGGGAGCCCCCCCACCCGCGUGACCAAUGGAACAUAGAGUCUCCUUUGUGGCCGCGACACUUUAAUAAUCGCCAGCUACAAUAUCCAACCUGUCGGUCGCUUCAGGAGCCCGUUGGAUGGGGGGCUUGUAGGUGGGAAGAGGGGGCGAACGCUCGGCGCCAGACCUCUAUGGCCCACAACAUGAAUACAUGAAUAAAAAAUAGAAAAGAUUGAUGUCGGGUUAUCUUCUGAAAUUAUGGCAUUUCUUCCCACAAAUUGUGUUUUCUUUCCCACAAUUUCCAGUUAGUUUUAGGAGUGUGCAUCUUUUCAGAAUAAACCCAUAUUUCUAACAAUUCUUAACAUAUUAUAUUUUAUAUAUCAAAGUUGUGAUAUUAAAUUGAUAGGAUCAUAGCCAAUGCCUUUUUUUCCGUUUGGCCUGAAUUUGGUGAUCAUUUAAUGUUGUGAAAACUUGCACUGGGCAGGGGUCAGUAACAGGAUAACCUCCUUUGAUCAUUGUGCCUCAUACAUUGGGCUACUGUAUUUAACAUGUAGGCUAUAGCUGCAUCCUAAAUUGACCGUGGCAAUUAGGUUAAAUAGCCAAUUUCCACCCAGCAAUUAGUCCAUUGUUCAUUUGCCAGGUUAGGCCCUAAAGUUUGCAUCUCAGUAAGCAUGGUCACUUUGAUCAGCAGACUGCAGGUGGUUGAACCACUUAAUAAACUUCGGACAAAGUAUAGCAAUGUAUAGCUUAUACAAUCUUCCUUUUAACUUGUGUUCACAGCUCUUAUUGGAAUAUGAUAAUAAAUGAAUAUUGGAAAUGGGCAUCAUGUCAAUUAGCAUGCACAUCAUGUUUUAUGUGAGUAUUUGCGUGCGUUUGUGUCUGUGCUUUCAUCCUUGCUGCUUCCAGUUGCAGCCGCGCGUCCAGCAGCUCGUGUCAGUAGACGGAAACAGCGCUGAGCGCGAGCCCCCUGCUCGUGUUUCCGUUCCCUGUGAAGCCCUCUUUUACCGACAGGGCGUUCCGAGAGCCGGAUCAAAAGGUUUUUAGAGCCGCUACAAAAGAAAACUGGAAACUGGAGAUGAUCUUAGAAUGAAUGAAUUGACAAUGAGCGCGCGAGCCCCAUGCAGGAGCUGCAACAUUUGUUGGCAUCUUUUGACGUUUGGUCAAACUUUACGCAGCUUUACGCAGCCAAAAGCCCUGUUUUGUUUUGGUCCGACUUUUCUUCUUACACUUUGUUCAUUUCUACAAAUAUUUCCCUGCAUUUGUGUCACUAGUGAGAGAUGAAAUGCAGUCAUUUUCUUUUUUUAAAUAUGCAUAUAUACAGUAUAUAGUGCUAGUAGGAGAUGAAGCCCCAUGAAUGCUUUGAGUUGAUUUCGGGCAAAAAUAUGUUGUUAGAUUCCUUUCUUUUCAUUAGAGUCUAGAUUCUAUGUGAGAUGCACACGAGUUGAACGCAAACUUAAAGUCAGCCUUUACACCACACAGUGCACAUGGAAACACGCACUUUAGACAGUUGAGGAUGGCAAAUUAACCCCCCUCCACACCCCUCCCUCUGUCAUACCUGCGACGUUAAGACACACGAGCAGUCCCAACUGCGCACGUCUCGCGCUUGUCCACGCUCCAUACCUAAAAAAAGCGUCACCUCCCCAUGCAUGCACGUGCGUCCUGUGGGAGGUUCCCCUUACCUCCCUUUGCGUUAAACACUCCUUUAAAUUGUAACGUUAUCAUAAACAGUCCGGCUUCUGGGGGCCAUAAUCACCUCUCUCUCUCUCGGGCCUUUACCGAGACUUCUCAUUGGACGUCAACACGCGACCAGCGCGAGGAGGGGGGCUCCCAGACGCGUGCCGCUUUUUAAACCGACGCCGCGCCUCGAGACACCAGAGAAGGAGUCCCGCACGCGACAUAGUCAUAUUCACACAGUGCGACUGCACAUCAGCAGUGCAUGCCUCCAAGAAAAACAACAACUAAUAUUGUUAAGCGGGUUAACUUCACCUACCUGUUGGGCUCUUCUUGGAAACAUGGAUGUCCGAAGUGUGGAUGACUGGAGCAGAGGCGCACGGGACGCGGUUGUUCUCGAGAGGGGAGGGGAGUUCGAGGAGUCCCGCUACGAACCUGGACUGAAGCUCGUGGACAGCGGCAGCGACCCACGCGCCUGGCUGGCUCCGGUGCAGCCUCCUGGCACCUGCGCGGCACACGCCACUUCAGCCGACUACCUGCGGCACUCGCCCUGCCCGAGCACCGGAUCCUACCAAGAGAGUGGCUCCCCGGAGUCCUCUGGCCAUCCCAGCCCUCCCAGCUACAGAAAACCUGCCAAGAGACCUCCCUCCUCCUCUUCUUCCUCCUCCUCGCUCAAAGUCCGGGACCUGUGCCGUCUCCAGGGCUCGCUCACUGGACCCGAUGAUGAUGAUGAUGAUGAUGAUGAUGAGGAGACAUCCCCGAGACAGAGAGCCCAGUCCACCAGACCUGUCCACGGGGUCCAGAAACAGAGGCGCGUGGCCGCCAACGCGCGCGAGAGGAGGCGGAUGUACGGGCUCAACCACGCGUUCGACGAGCUGCGCAGCGUCAUCCCGGCGUUCGACAACGACAAGAAGCUCUCCAAGUAUGAAACCUUACAGAUGGCGCAGAUCUACAUCAACGCUCUGGCGGAUCUGCUCGAAGGACCGGUCCCCUCCUCCAGCAGCAGCAAUAAAGACGUCUCCAACAACAACAACAAGUCGCCAAAGUCUGACAUUACGCUUCCAUCCUCCGUGGUGAAGGACAGGUCUCCUCCGUCCCCUACAACCUGCAGGACAGCGGCUGAUGUGCCAGUCUCAGGUAGCAGCUUACCUGUCCACAUCUCAGGUAGCAGCUUACCUGUCCACAUCAGCGCGAUGCCUUUCCGCUCCUCCUUCGAUGACAGCUCGUUUUGCGCCCUGGUUGAAGAAGCGAUGCGCUCACCUUCUCCUCCUCCGCCUCCUCCUCCUCCUCCUUCAGGUGGAGGUGGAGGUGGAGGUGGGAGGAAAGAGUCUCCCCGGAGCGACGGAGAGUUUUCCCCGCACUCCCACUUCAGUGACUCGGAUGAAAUAGCGAUGGAGCUCCAGUCCAGUGAAGAAGAUGACCUCUCAGACCUGAAGCUGCGAAGCCACCAUCAUCAUCAUCACCACCACCAACACACUGUCGCUUUCUGAAUGACAAUAAUAAAAAAUAACAGACUAUAUUAAAACAUC